GAACCACUUCAGCAUUCACCCCUUUGUGGCACCAAAAACCCUAUAGACCUCUUCCUGGUAUUGUAGCUGGUAUUUCGCAUUCCCGCGCGAUGCCAUAUGGGAUGAGGGAUUGCAGUCUUUGCAAUGGCUGCUGUUCUUCAGUAUUCUGGAAUGUGAGCCAACCCACCAUCGAACCUAAUACCUGGAGACGCGAGCGAACGCACGAAUCCUCCCAUAUCCCCGAAGCGCAAUGACAUAUCUUCGACACUCGAGAAAUCCUGUCAAUCUCGGUAACCUAUACAUUGUACCACAAUUGAGAAUCGUAAACCCGGUUGCCAAUCUUGUCAACCUCGGGGGCCUUUAUAGUCAGAAAAGGUUCUCCAAACACCCCGGAGCUUGGGCGUAUUUGAAAGAUGGAUCCGUUUACAUUCGUCUGAGCAAGCAUCUAAAACACGAUGCCCUGGAGACUGAAUUGCGGCUUAUCCACUGUUUCCUGCAUAAUCUUACCCAACCAUGUCAAACUAGCAAUGAGGAGCCUGGAAGACACAGAUCCAUAGUAAUAGGUUUACAUGUUUGACUCAGCCCAGUAGGGGACCCAGAAAACUUCCG